UGCGCAGUGAGCGGCUCUGGGGCGGGGCGGGUUUAUAUCGGCGGAGGAUCACCUGACGUUCUGCAUUGCAGACUGCGGCUUCAGACAGCGCUAUGUACGCGCUUUUGGUCCUGGCCAGCCUCCUGGGCGUGGCUCUGGGCAGCCCGGUCCUCGGCUUAAAAGAAUGCACCAAAGGCUCGGCAGUGUGGUGCCAGGAUGUGAAGACGGCCUCUGACUGUGGGGCCUUGAAGCACUGCCUGCAGACGGUCUGGAACAAGCCAGCAGUGAAAUCCCUUCCCUGUGACAUAUGCAAAGACGUCAUCGUGGCAGCUGGCAGCAUGUUGAAAGACAACGGCACCGAGGAGGAGAUCCUUGAGAACUUGGAGAAGACCUGUGACUGGCUUCCUAACCCGAACUUAACUGCCUCCUGCAAGCAGAUGGUUGAUGCCUACUUACCAGUCAUCUUGGACAUGAUCAAAGGAGAAGCGAGCCGGCCUGAGGAGGUGUGCUCCGCUCUCAAGCUCUGCCGGUCUCUACAGAAGCGCCUGGCCGAGCUGAAUCGCCAGAAGCAGCUCCAGUCCAACAAGAUCCCGGAACUGGACACGUCUGAGGUGGUGGCUCCCUUCAUGGCCAAUAUCCCCCUCCUCCUCUACCCUCAGGAGGGGCCCCACAGCAAGCCCCAGCCGAAGGCUAAUGGGGACGUUUGUCAGGACUGCAUUAAGAUGGUGACUGACGUCCAGAUUGCCAUAAGGACCAACUCCACCUUUGUCGAGGCCUUGGUGGAACAUGUCAAGGAGGAGUGUGACCGCCUGGGGCCUAGCUUGGCUGACGUGUGCAAGAACUACAUCAACCAGUAUUCAGAGAUUGCUGUCCAGAUGGUGAUGCAUAUGCAACCCAAGGAGAUCUGUGGGCUGGCUGGAUUCUGUGACGAGGUGAAGGGGAUGCCCAUGCAGACUCUGAUUCCUGCCAAGGUGGCCGCGGAGAAUGUCAUCCCCGCCCUGGAGCUGGUGGAGCCCAUUAAGAAGGACCUGGCCCCUGCGAAGGCGAGCGUCUACUGUGAGGUGUGUGAGUACGUGGUCAAGGAGGUGGCUAAACUCAUCGACAACAAUAAGACUGAGGAAGAAAUAAUCCGUGCUUUGGAGAAAGUAUGCUCAAAACUGCCCACUUCCAUGUCUGAAGAGUGCCAGGAAGUGGUGGACACAUAUGGCAGUUCCAUCCUGUCCAUCCUCCUGCAGGAGGUCAGCCCUGAGCUGGUGUGCAGCAUGCUUCACCUCUGCUCCACGCAGGGGCUGCCGGCUCUGACGGCACACGUGACUCAACAGAAGAAUGGUGGCUUCUGUGAGGUGUGCAAGAAGCUGGUUAGCUACUUGGAUCACAACCUGGAGAAGAACAGCACAAAGCAGGAGAUCCUGGCUGCUCUCGAGAAAGGCUGCAGCUUCCUGCCCGACCCUUACAAGAAGCAGUGUGAUGAGUUUGUGACCCAGUAUGAGCCCGUGCUGAUUGAGAUCCUGGUGGAGGUGAUGGACCCGUCCUUCGUGUGCCUGGAGGUGGGAGCCUGCCCCUCAGUCAGUAAGCCUCUUUUGGGAACUGAGAAGUGUGUCUGGGGCCCGAGCUACUGGUGCCAGAACAUGGAGACAGCAGCCCAGUGCAAUGCUGUGGAGCACUGCAAACGUCACGUGUGGAACUAGAGGGAAUGUUCCAUCCUGGAGAAGCCGCAGCAUCUUUUCUUUCCUACUUGUGUAGCUGGGGGGGAAUGAACGCAUACAUCUAUCGAUUUUGUUUUAAAAAUAGACUUUCUUCCCCCACCCCGUUUCUGAAGUCCCUGUUGUAACAUUGCUGUCAAUGUGGGAGGCACCUCCCUCCCGCUGACAUAGCACUUCAGUGUCUCUCCUCUCUUUGCGCCUGGGGGUCUUAGCCUGCCCUUGCAUAGUGACAAUGGGGUGGGGGGGCCACUUGGUGCUGGCAUGAGCCAGUGCUUCCUGACAGAUGGCUGUCCACCCUCUCUGUACCCGGGGCCUUGUUCUGAGCCUGGCCAGGUGCUUGGACAUCUGUGGGCUUGGGCUUUCUGAGGGCUCCACCCACGCUAAGGAGGGACCCUCCCCCUUCCCAGGUCUGUUGGCUGCUGUACAAAGAAGCAAAACAAAGGCAGUUAUAUAUGAAAGAACAGAAGCUCAGACUAGUUAGGGUUUUCAAACAGUGUAGUUCCCGCUGUACUAGCGCAGAUUCAGAGAGAAGCUACUGAUGGUUCAGGGGAAGUGGCUGGACCAAGAGUUUGCUGUCCUGGGCUCACCCUGAUUCAGCUUCCAUGUGUCUUUUCCUUGUGGUUCCUUGUUCGGGGUUCUGUCGGUCUGGGUGGGAGGGAAAACUCUGGCUGAACGUAACUUGCUAGCUCUGUGUGGCGACCCUGUGGGCCUGGCUUCCACGUGUGUGUGUGUGUGAGAGACACUGGUGCCACCCCAUGCCUGUUUAGUGUCUGCCCAACCAUCGCGGGCCCCGUUGCUUUGGGCAGCCAUAGCCUCCCCCACUCAUAGAUGCUCUUUUUGAUCUUCCCUUUCAAAUGUGGUUGAGGAGCUUCCUGGUGGAUGGUGAGAGGCCAAGGGCUCUGCUGGGUGUGGAAGUGGGUGCCUCCCUUGGCCUCAGCUGCUGUGCUGCGCCACCGCCUCUUCUGUUUGGCCACAGCAUCUGUUCUGCUUCUGGUUGCCAGGUGAUACCAAGCAAAGGCAGGGAGAUGGGCUGUUACUAGUAAACGGACUUAAUGAUUUUUGUCUGUUUUGCACUAAAGUUUCUGUGAUUUAACAAUAAACUUCUCUCAGCCAGA